AUGGAAUCUUUGAAAAUAAGAAAGAUUCAACUAUUUCAGAACAAAAAACAGGCCUCUUCUAAGGCUCCCUUAAAGAAGAAAACGGCGAAGGCGGAUGACGAUGACGGCGGGUACGAGGCGUGCCCAGACAUGACAGCAUCACAGUUAGCCAAAGCCGUAGAAAUGAUGGGUAAUGAUGAUGCUGGAGCUGCAGUUGCUGUCAAAUAA